AUGGCGACGGUCACCCCCGUGAAUCCCAAGCCCUUCCUGACUUCGUUGACUGGUCGACAGGUCAUGGUCAAGCUGAAGUGGGGCAUCGAGUACAAAGGCUACCUCAAGUCCUUUGACGAGUACAUGAACUUGCAGCUGCAAAACACCGAGGAAUGGGUGGACGGCAACUUCAAAGGUCACUUGGGCGAAGUCCUCCUCCGCUGCAACAAUGUUCUCUACCUACGUCAAGUCAAGGGAGAAGACGAAGAUGACGAAGAAGCCUGA